GCACCACGUUUCUGUAGGUUACGUCAGGAGUUGUGUUCUAUCGUGCACAACGGCGGAAAGGCGGUGCAAACGGAAAGCGCAGCCCAUCGUGGUGUUGAUCCAAUCGGUGCUCCCAACAAACACGCAUACACACAGUACCAUUGCAUUUUUGUUUUGGUUUGCUUUUAGUUGUCUGAGUGUUGUGGCCGCAGAUAUAUAUACUCUCGGAACCGGAGCGGCAGCGUGACACACCACACCUCAUAAAUAUACAUAUACACAUUUACAUAUUUCCCCCUUCCUUCAACUGCCCGUAUUUUCAGACGUCCACCUUUUUCUUAAUAUAAAAAUUUAUUUCUGCGCCUCCGCGGUAGACGUCCCAAACGGUGAGCCACUCUUAGACCUUUCUUCUUUGUCGCUGGUGUUGUUGCUGCUCUUUUCUGUUUUAUUUAUCUGUGUGUACGUGUACGUGUACGUGUGUGUGUGUGUGUGUGUUUCUACAGGCGGUGAGCGCAUCUGCUGAGCUUCGAUUUUUUCCUUUUAGGUUUCCACAUUUUUCUUCUUCUCCUUACAUUUUCUUUUCCUUUGUCGUUUUACUUCUAUCCGUUGCAGCCGUGUCGCCAUGCACAUCUACGGCAAGGACCAGCAGGCCUUCCACCUGGAGCGCACAGAGGCGGAGCUGUGGUGGUCGCGCCUGAACGUGUUAAUCGUCAUUGUGCAGCUCGCGUGCUUUCUAGCCGCGAUCAUCCGCACCAGCACCAACGCGAACAACUCCAUGUCCAACCCCUUCUUCUCCAUCUCGCCGCUGCAGCUGAAGGAGCCGUACCUGCAGGCCGGCUGCCUGUACAACGUCACGCGCACCCACGCCUUCUUUCGCAACGUCACCUACACGAUGAGCGCCGACAACGUGGGCUACUUCGUGAGCCGCGGCGCACUGAACAUUCGCUACUUGAUGGCCAUUACGGCGGUGCACGUGGUGGUGAGCAUGCUGAACCGGCUGUGGUUCGAGACCAACACGCACGAGAUUCGCUACCACUUUGUUGUCUUCCGCAAGGACAUGGUCACCACGUGGGAGGUGCUGCUGAUGGUGCUGGGCAUGGUGAUGACGUGGGGGGUCACGAAGGAGAACCAAAUUAUGACGGACUACCUGGUCGCCUGCGGCGGCGGCGAGGGAGGGGCCUUCUACAACUCGGUACAGCCCUACACAGAGCUGAUUGUAUCGUACAUCGUGUCCAUCGCCGUCACCGUCCUCAACGCCCUCUUCGCGAUUUGGAACUUAUCGAAAGAGAACCCGCGCGACAAAAUGCUGAGGGAGGACCAGCAGCGCCAGGAAGCGUGGCAGAAGGCGGUGCGGCAGUACUACGGCCUGCCAGACCCCGCAGCGGCGGCGGACCAUCCCAACAACGACGACGACGGCAGGGGCGGAGGUCCGGCGGGAGCAGGAGCCCCUACAGCCGGGUCACCUCCGCAGGUCACGUACGCGAACAACCACGCAGCCACGGUGAACCCGAAUGCGCCGUCUACGCAAGCAGACGGCGGCCCCGCCGGUGCGCAGCCGGGGCAGCCGCCGCCGCACCACCACAGUUACCACCGCGCCAUCCGCCACGGCCUUCGCAAGCCGUUUUCAGCCCUGUCGAAUUCCCUGCGCGGCCGCACGCAGCCGGGCGAUCCGCUGCUCGCGGCGCAGCAUCAACAACACCUCCAUCUCUCCGCGUCCCCUACACGUGGUGGUCAGCAACAGGACGGGAGCCAACAACAACAACCGCUGCCGCUGCCGCCGCCGCCGCAGCAGCAGCAGCAGAUGCCGAUGUCCGCGCGACCGUUUCCUCAGCAGCAACAGCAGCAGCGCUACAAUCCGAACCAGCCGAUGCAAGAGCCCCCGCACGUCGGCCCCAGCGUGAGCCGACCUCUUACCCCGCUGUUAAACGAGGAGUACGACGACGAGAUGAUGACGCCGUUGCCGUCAGGUGGCCGCAACCCGGGCGCCCCGCAGGACAAGCGCAUGUCAAAUCAGCAGUUGCAACCACAGCAGCAGCAGGCAUCGUCCUCGCACUCCGGCCGCUUUGAUUUGCACGAAGUCGACUACGACGACGACGCGUCCUUCGACUCGGUGAACGUCGACCCGACAGAGAACUCGCCGCGGCGAGCGACGCCUUCCAGCGCGGCGGGUAACAUCAACGUCAAUAACAACAACGGAGGGAAUAGCAGCGGGCGGCGUGCGGCGGCAAACGCAGCAGCAGGGUCGGAGGCUUCGACGGCGCUCCUCAACGCACGUCUCGCUGCGGUGCCGCCGCCGCCACCGCCGGGGCACAACGGUGACCGCCGGCAGCGCACGCAGAACACGCGUGGACAGAUGCUGGCACCGCCCUCUCCACUGCAGGGCAAUGGUGCUGAGACGACGGACGACACAGUGCUUGAGUAA